UAGACUUGUCUCCGAAAUGAUGGUUCGUGCAGUGGAGACACAUAGGGAACGCUGUUUUAUCGCUGUUUAGUACUCUGUCUGCAACCUAUGUGUGCACGUUAAGAUGCUGCAGGACGUUAUACAGUAUACUAUAGCUAGCUGCUGUCUGACCGAUUAGAAGAGAUGAGUGAAGGGGGCAGCAGAGUCCCUCGCAGGGGGCGGAAGGCCGGCAGGGCUUCGGGCAGGAGGGAGCUGGUGGCCAGGUCUGUGCACAGUGCUCAGUUGUGCCUGGAGGAGCAGGAUUACGGCACUGCCUAUGCACACUUCCUGCUGGUGCUCAGCCUGGCACCUGAGCUGAAGGAUGAUUUUAAGGAAACCUUUCAGUAUACACUUUUGAAAUGGGCCGAAGAGUUGUAUGCUAUAAAUCGAAGUCAAGAUUUAUUUAAUUGCUAUGAGCAAGCCUUGGAGCUCUUUCCUAGUGAUGAUGUAAUUUGUAACAGCAUGGGCGAGCAACUCUUCAGGCUGGGCUUUCGAGAUGAAGCUGCCGCAUAUUUCUACAAAGCAGUGAAACUUAACCCAAAUGCUGUAGAUGCCAAAGAAAAUUUCUAUCGUGUGGCAAAUUGGCUGGUCGAAAGGUGGCAUUUUGUAAUGCUUAAUGACAAAAAGCGGAAUCUGAUGUAUCAGAAAGCCAUCCAUAAAGCGAUCCAGAAAGGAUGUAAAACUGUGCUGGAUAUUGGAACUGGUACCGGAAUCCUGAGCAUGUUUGCUAAACAGGCAGGAGCACUACAUGUGUAUGCUUGUGAGCUCUCAAAAACCAUGUAUGAACUUGCUUGUGAAGUGGUGACCGCAAAUCAAAUGGGAAAUGGUAUCAAGCUUCUGCACAUGAAGUCCUAUGAUCUACAGAUUCCUGAUCACAUUCCCGACAGGGUUUCACUUGUGGUGACUGAGACUCUAGACGCUGGUUUAUUUGGGGAAGGUAUUAUUGAAACUCUCAUUCAUGCCUGGAAAAAUUUGCUUUUGCCACCAAAGCCUAGUGAAGCAUACAGUGGUGUCUGCGGACAGGUAAUCCCUGCUGGUGCUGUGGUCUAUGGCAUGGCAGUAGAGUGUCCAGAGAUACGCAGGCAUCAUAGAGUAGGUGUGAAGGAGCUUGCAGGCGUUCAUCUUGGGACUGGAGUACAGUUUUGGAGUCCAGUCCCUAGCAGCCAUAGAUCUGCUGACAUAACCGAACCUUAUGACACAGAGAAAAUGAGCAGAGUUCCAGGAGGUUACAAGACGUUGAGUCAGCCUUUCCAGGCACUGACUGUAGAUUUCAACAGUCUGCAGGAUUUAGAAAGCAUUGCUGCUGGAAAAACAUGCAGAUUAUCCAUUCCUGUUUGUGAACAAGGCACGCUUGAUUGCUUUAUAACUUGGUUUGUCCUUCACCUGGACAAUGAACACUGCCUGUCCACUGUACCCAAUGAGGAGACCUGCUGGGAACAAGCAGUCUUUCCACUACAGAACCUCCCGAAUGGUGAUUAUGUCAUCAAGCCAGGUGAUACUAUAGUAGUAGAUAUUUCCUGUCCAGAUUGCUAUUUGAGGUGUGAUUUUGUCACAAUAUCCAGAGCUGGAUGUCUUGCUGACGAUGGUGGACAUAGUAGUAAGCUGUCAGAUAACAUGAUUCUGGGAAAUGAGUCUGAGCUCUGUGAUGCUUUGGCUAGCCUGCACACCACAACUCUAGAGGACAGUACACAGAUGCAGUGCAUCUUGGAAACCAAUGAAAUUGCAUUAAUUAACAAUGUUCUGUAUCAUGAGCAGUUCAAGACUGCAAUGAGCAAGGUCAUUUCUUCAUUCAUAUCAAGAGAGAAUGGUUCUUCCUGGGUUAACAUUAGCUCCCCACCAGAUGAUGCAGUUGCAUAUGCUGCUGUAGAACCUGUAUAUAUUCUGGAUGUGUCUGAAGGAUUUUCAAUUUUGCCUGUGGUUGCUGCACAGCUUGGACAAGUAAAGUCUUACAGUUCUGUUGAAAAGCUGCAACAUCGUCUAACAAUUGAGAGACUGUUAGAAACAAAUGGACUUGCUAAGGACAGCCUGGAAUUUUGGAUGAGCAAGCUGGAUGCAGAUGAUGAGCUAUUGCAGAGACCAAAGUCUGACAAGUUGUGGAGUAUAAUAAUUCUUGAUGUUAUUGAUAUCAGUGGUCUAAUGAGACAAGAAGUAAUGGAAAAAGCUGCUAUAGCAAGGUGUUUGUUGCAAUCAGGAGGAAAGAUCUUUCCACAGCGGAUAGUAAUGCGUGGCGUGUUGAUAGAAUCUCAGACGUUACUGCAGGAGAGCUUUGUGCAAGGCACAGAUCCUACACUUGGUUUCCUCAUAGCACCUUCUAUUAAUCAAUUUAAGGUUCCAGUUCAUGUUUUCCUGAAUUUGUCUACUCUUCCACAUAUUCCGUUAAGUGAGUCGAUAGACCUCCUUCAUCUGGAAAUAAUGAAUCCUUAUUCAAACCAUUUAAACAACUCUAGUACUGAAAUAAAAGUGCAAAUUCAUAAAUCUGGUCAAGUGACAGCUGUUCCUUUUUGGUACCAUCUCUAUCUUGAUGAGGAGAUUAGCAUAGAUACAUCCAGUGAAAGUUCACAUUGGAAGCAAGCCGCGUUUGUUUUAGACACCCCACUCCAAGUUGAAGUGGGAGAAGAACUUUUACUAAAUGUGCACUUCCAAAAUAGUAAUGUCAGUAUGACCUUAAAUAAACUUCAGUAAUGUGCACAAAGUUGCAGCCCUGCUUAGAUAAAGAUAUUGUACCAGGCAUCUCAAACUCUGGCCCCCCCCCCAUAUGUUGCUGAACUACAAUUCCCUUGAUCUUCUAGCAAUCUAUUGCAUUCAAUGAAUUCCGGUAAUUAAAUUGUAGGUUAUCAAUAUCUGGGUGAAGGGCAGUGUUUCAGAUCUCUACUAUAUACAUGUGUUAGUCUUGUUGCUGUUUGUAUUUUAU